AAUUCCUUUGAAGAAAGGUGUCAUUACCAAGUCGUCUCUCUGCAAAGACUGCCUUCAGUGUACUGUCUCUUCUCUUCCAUUCUCUUCUCUUUCUCUGAUCAAACUAAAUCCAACAAAAAUGGCAGUAAGCAACAACGUAACAUCUGUGCUCAACCUCAUAGCUUUACUCUGUUCCAUUCCCAUCAUCGCCUCCGGCAUCUGGCUCGCCUCCAAACCCGACAACGAAUGCAUCCAUUGGCUCAGAUGGCCUAUCGUAUUCCUCGGCGCCGCCGUCCUUCUAGUUUCCCUAGCCGGUUUCAUCGGCGCCUACAAAAACAAACAGGGUCUUCUCGCUGUCUACCUAGUCUUCAUGGCCCUCUUAAUCGUCAUCCUCCUCGUUCUCCUAGUCCUCGCUUUCGUCGUCACACGCAAUUCCGGAGCCUACAGUGUUACCGGCCGGGGAUUCGUUGAGUAUAGACUGGCCGGUUACUCGGAGUGGCUCAGAGACCAUGUUACCGACUCAGGAAGUUGGGCAAGGAUUAGGGUUUGUCUUGCAGAAUCUGAAUCUUGCCCUAAGCUUAACCAGGAGUAUAUUACCGCCGAUCAGUUGUUUGCUGCCGGCGGUAAUCUCUCCCCUAUCCAGUCUGGAUGCUGUAAACCGCCGACAAUUUGUGGUUACCAAUACAUAAACCCAACAACAUGGAUCAGCCCAAGUAACAUGUUGGGAGACCAAGAUUGCAUACUAUGGAACAAUGACCAAACUCAACUAUGCUACAAUUGUGACUCUUGCAAGGCCGGUCUGUUGGGAAACCUAAGACACGAAUGGAGAAAAGUUAACGUAAUCUUGAUCAUUGCCGUCAUUGUUCUCAUAUUUGUCUAUCUCAUUGCCUGCAGUGCGUUCAGGAAUGCCCAGACCGAGGAUAUCUUUCGCCGAAAGUAACAAGAUCUUCUUUUCCACGAGAAUUCGCUUGAUCCUAACAAUGGCGGCUGGCUCAGGCUUCUUACAUAAGAAGCAGAGCCAGUUGUGUGAGGAAGGGAGACAAAUAAUCAAACUUCUAGUAUUAUUGUACUAGUAAAAGCUAAUUAUACAACUUCUAUACUAAUUCAUAAAUUGGCAAUGAACCGUGUAUUAAUGGUAACCAAUAUUGUCUAGACAAGAUCACUUGGAGUGACUAAAUGAGAAUAAUGCAAACCAAUUACAGUCAAUAAUCUCAUGAACAAUACAUUAUUAUCAUGUUUUUCAUAACAUAGCAAAAAAUGUUUCUAGUUAGUAAUUCUUUUACUU